AUGCGGGGGGCUCCUGGGAACUGGGUUGGAGCCGAGCUAGCGCUAGCCAGGCGCAAGCGCGCACAGACUGCAGCCACCCGAAGACCACCCCCCGCCCCUGGCCACCCGGGGACCCCCGCACAGAAUCGCCUCCGGAUCCCCGGCCGUCGGCGGGAGUGUCGGAGGUUGGCGCGGGCCCCCGCCCUCCGCGCCCCCCACGGGAAGGAAGCACCCCCCGAACUAAAAAGAGCGCAGCGGGAAGAAGCCCUCAUUCGGCGGCCAGGAGGCGAGCCGAUGCCGAGCUGCAGCGCGUCCACCAUGCCGGGGGUGAUCUGCAAGAACCCGGACCUCGAGUUUGACUCUCUGCAGCCCUGCUUCUACCCGGACGAAGAUGACUUCUACUUCGGCGGCCCCGACUCGACCCCCCCAGGGGAGGACAUCUGGAAGAAGUUUGAGCUGUUGCCCACGCCCCCGCUGUCGCCCAGCCGUGCCUUCCCGGAGCACAGCCCGGAGCCCCCGAACUGGGCCACCGAGAUGCUGCUGCCCGAGGCCGACCUGUGGGGCAACCCGGCCGAGGAGGACGCGUUCGGCCUGGGGGGCCUGGGCGGCCUCACGCCCAACCCGGUCAUCCUCCAGGACUGCAUGUGGAGCGGCUUCUCGGCCCGCGAGAAGCUGGAGCGCGCGGUGAGCGAGAAGCUGCAGCACGGCCGGCCGCCCGCCGCGGGGCCCGCGGUCCCGGCCCCGGGCGCGGGCGCCACCGGCCCGGCGGGCCGCGGGCACAGCGCAGUGGCUGCGGGGCCGGGCCGCGCCGGGGCCGCCCUGCCCGCCGAGCUCGCCCACCCGGCCGCCGAGUGCGUGGAUCCCGCCGUGGUCUUCCCGUUCCCGGUGAACAAGCGCGAGCCCGCGGCGGCGCCCGCCGCCCCGGCCGGUGCCCCAGCGGCGGGGGCCGCGGUCGCCUCGGGGGCGAGCGCCGCAGCCCCAGCGGGCGCCCCGGUGGCCGCUCUUCCACGCACCGGCGGCCGCCUGGCCAGCGGCGGUGACCACAAGGCCCUCAGCACCUCCGGAGAGGACACCCUGAGCGACUCAGAUGAUGAAGAUGACGAGGAGGAAGACGAAGAGGAGGAAAUCGACGUAGUGACUGUGGAGAAGCGGCGGUCCUCCUCCAACAGCAAGGCCGUCACCACCUUCACCAUCACCGUGCGUCCCAAGAGCGCGGCCCCGGGACCUGGGAGGACCCCGUCAGGUGAGCUGAUCCUCAAGCGCUGCGUCCCCAUCCACCAGCAACACAACUACGCCGCCCCGUCUCCCUUCGUGGAGAGCGAGGAUGCGCCGCCCCAGAAGAAGAUAAAGAGCGAAGCGUCCCCGCGCCCCCUCAAGAGCGCCAUCCCCCCGAAGGCCAAGAGCUUGAGCCCGCGCAACUCUGACUCGGAGGACAGCGAGCGCCGCCGGAACCACAACAUCCUGGAGCGCCAGCGCCGCAACGACCUGCGGUCCAGCUUCCUCACGCUCAGGGACCACGUGCCAGAGCUGGUGAAGAACGAGAAGGCCGCCAAGGUGGUCAUCUUGAAAAAGGCCACCGAGUACGUCCACUCCCUCCAGGCCAAGGAGCACCAGCUUUUGCUGGAGAAGGAGAAGCUGCAGGCCAGACAGCAGCAGUUGCUAAAGAAAAUUGAACACGCUCGGACUUGCUAA